UGCAACUUCAAGCGCCGUCAAGAUGAGCGUGUAUGUGCCCGACCAUGAGCUGCCAGACAUUCUCUGCUGCAUCUGUGCCGUGGCCAUCAAAGCGAAUGCCGCCAACAUGUGCGUGAGUUGCUUGAAAGGGCAGGUCGACGUGACCGAAGGCAUCCCCAAGGAAAUCAUCAUGCAUCAAUGCCGAGGCUGCCUCAAAUGGUCGCGGCCGCAAUGGGUGUCGGCAGACUUGGAAUCGCGCGAACUGCUGGCCAUUUGUCUGAAGAAGAUCACGGGCCUAAACAAAGUCAAGCUCGUGGACGCCGGGUGGAUCUGGACGGAACCGCACUCGAAGCGCCUCAAGCUCAAACUCACGGUGCAGAAGGAAGUCAUGAACGGCGCGAUCCUCCAGCAGUCGUUCAUUGUCACGUUUAUCGUGCGCAACCAACAGUGCGACGACUGCCAAGCGUCGUUUACCAACCACUCGUGGAAGGCGGUGGUCCAAGUCCGCCAAAAGGUCGAACACAAGCGAACGUUCUUCUUCCUGGAGCAACUCAUCUUGAAGCAUCGCGUGCACGAGAAGACCACGUCCAUCGAGUCUCAGCCGGACGGCGUCGACUUUUUCUUUGUCGAGCGCAACCACGCGCUGCGCUUUGUCGACUUUUUGCAAGAAACUGUCCCGAUUUCGAUCCGCACGGCCAAGAAGCUCAUUUCCGCAGACAACCAUUCCAACACGGCCAACUACAAGUUCACGUACGCCGUGGACAUUGCGCCCGUGUGUAAGGACGACCUGGUCGCGCUGCCGCUCAAGCUGGCGCGUCAGCUGGGCAACAUCUCGUCUCUGUGCCUCGUGACCCAAGUGUCGUCGUCCAUCCACGUCAUCGACCCGUUUACGAUGCAGCGCGCCGAGAUCGACAACGACAAGUUCUGGCGCACGCCGUUCAAGGCGCUUCGGUCGUCCAAGCAGCUCACCGAGUACACUGUGCUCGACUCGACGCCGCUGGAGAUGCCCACCAAGGGCGGCGUGCCCGUGCGCACCAACCGCAAGACGCGGCUGGCUGACCUCGAUGUCGUGCGCAACACGGAUUUCGGCGUCAACGACACGCACUUUAACACGGUGACCCACCUCGGCAUGCUGCUCAACGUGGGGGACACGGCGAUGGGAUACGACCUGUCGACGUCCGUCUUCAACGACCUAGACACCAAGCCGCUGGAUGAGGCGGGCAUUUCACUUCCGGACGUGAUCCUCGUGCGCAAGCAGUUCCUCCGUCGCGUGCAAAAGCGCACGCGCAAGUGGAAGCUCAAGACGAUCGAGGGCGUCGAGCCGGCGGUGCCGUUGAAGAAAGCCGACCAAACCAAACACGAUCUCGACUACGAGCACUUUUUGAACGACUUGGAAGAGGACAAGGAGAUGCGGGCGCGUAUCAACAUUUACAAAGCCAACGACGACCACGACGACGACCAGGACAUGGACGACGACGACGACGGUGCGAUCCCAUUGGACGAACUCUUGGACGACCUCCACGUCGACGAACAAACACACGAAGCCAUCUUGACUGCUGCGGCGGCCAACGCCACCCAAAGCCUCAACGUGGACGACCUGUAAUUACGUAAUGUUAACGACACUUUUGUACAUUGGGGGGAGUGAACGCAAUGUGUUGGGGGGGACGAGCGAGGUGUUGGGCUGAUGACAUCCACAACAUGGUGGUUUGGUGGGGGAUGUGCUGCGUUCGCCAAGGAAUGGCCAAGUGUCGUGACGUUCUCGGCAAGUGGAA